AUGUCGGCUCCGUCUGCCUCCUCGCCUUCGUCUCCAGCGCGCGCGACGUCGAGUGCUGCGGCCUCUGCGCCCUCCGCUGCCUCUGCGUCCUCGCGUUGCUCGCCCGUGGCGCCUGGGCGCUUCUACGCGUCUCCGCCCUCCUCGACCCUGCCGACGCGGGGCUGCCUUCCCCAGAGGUCUCCGCUCGUCUCUGCGUCUGGCGCUGCGGCAUCGUCGCGUCUUUCCCGUCCUGCGCCGUUUCCUUCCGCGGCCGCCUCCGCCUCCGCGGCGGGAUGCGAGGGCGACGCGCUUUUCUCCUUCGGCAAGCACGCGGGGAAGACCUUCUCAGCCGUCGCCAGAGAAGACAGCAGCUACUGCUCCUGGGCACUGUCGACGCCCAAUCCCUCGGGCUCGCUGCUGCAGUUCGUGGAGUUUCUGAAGCGUCUCCGCGAGCCCGCCGCUCGGCCGCCGCGGGACGACGACGCCCGGGGCAACGCGCCGGCGCCCUCGCGGCUGCUUGUCGUCGCGGAGGCGAGCACCGGCGCCCGAGCCGCCCACGCGGCGGUGCACAGCCUGUCUCGCGGACGCGCCUCGCCCGCGGACGCGUGUCCUGUAGGGACUUCCUCCGCUGCCUCCGCGCCGCUCGCGCCGCCCCGCCCCCGCCAACAGCGCUUCGCGCGCCUCGCCUCAGGCGCCGCAGCGCCGACGCUGGCGCCGCCCGCACAGAGCAGGCGGGCGGCGAGCGACGGCGUGGCGCGGGCGCUUGGCUCUCCAGGCGCGGCGGCGGCGCCUGCCUCGUUUCCGAAGCCUAGCCGCGGGGGCGGAAGGCCGCCGGAGCUGCCACCGCCGGCUGCGGGUGAUUGGCAGACCGCGGCGCCGCCGUCAAACGACCGCGCCGCCGCAGGCAGCCGCGCGCCUUCUGCAGCGGCUGACAUCGACGACUGGGAUGAGCUCCUCGGGCUCGCGCCGACUCCCGCGCCGGCACCCACGGUCUCUCUCUCCGCCUUUUCGCCUCUCCCCCCGGUCGCGUCCUCGUCUGCACCCUCUGCCUCCAGUUCACUCUCGUCGGCUGCUGCCGGCUCCGCGUCUUCCGCGGUUUGCGCGUUGCGCGGGGCGGGCGCAUCGCCGCCGCAGCCCGCCAGCGCGGCCGCGCUCGCCUUGUCGCCGAUCGACUUGGAUGUGUUUGACGCCUUUGCGUACCGACAACCGUCGUCGCCGCCAGCCAGCAGCCUCCGCGCCUCGCCGACGACGCCGCACAGGCCCCAGCCGCGCAGCGGAUCUCCAGUCUCUCCGCGCACAGCUGCGCGGCCUUCGGCGGCGCCGGAGUCUCCUCCGUCAGCUCCGCGCGUCUCGCUAGACGUCUGUGUCGCCUUUCAGCUCUGCGCGCCGAAUGCCUUUCGCCUCGUCGCGCAGAAGAACGCAGCGCCUGGGCGAGGAGGAGGGGGAGGGCGAGGCAAAGCGGCGGGUGGCACGAGUUCGAAGGCGGGCGGCGGCUGGAGCGCGCAUCUGCCGCGAGAGCUCUGGCUCUUCCUCAAGGAGCUCGGACCCCUGAGCCCCCUGGAGCGCGGUGCCGAUGCACACGCGCUUGCGUUCGCUGCGGAGAAGUACGAUCUUGUUCUGAGGAGCUUAAAAGAGCGGUUUUCCUUUCCCGACUUGUUUCCGCUGCCGCCCUUCGUCCUGCGGGCGUUUCGUGCGUUCAUGAGCUUCGCGUCGCCGCAGCGUCUCCCGCGGAAAACGGCACUGAUUCUCCUGAACCAGACGUCGCCGUGCACCAAGCAGCGACUCGGCGCGGCUGCAGCCCCGCCGGAGGCGCCGGCCGAGACUGGAGAGUCGCGCGCGGCCGCGGAGGGCGCGAGAGACGCGGAGACUGCGCUCGUCCGCGAGCUGAAGCCGUUCCAGCUGGAGGGCUACCGGUUCGGGCUGCAGCGGAACGGGCGCGUGUUGAUCGGCGACGAGAUGGGGCUAGGCAAGACUCUCCAGGCUCUGGCGAUCGCGGCUUUCUACAGCCGCGAGUGGCCUUUCCUCGUCAUUUGCCCUUCGUCUAUCCGCUUCCAGUGGCGCGAUCAGGCGCUGCGUUGGCUUCCGGAGCUUCUUGGGCACGACGAGAUCUGCGUUGUCAAGUCGGGUCGCGCGGAGAUUCCGGUCCAAACCAAGAUGGUGAUCAUCUCGUACGACUUGAUAACUAAGCAAAAGAAGUUCAUGGCUCCUUAUCAGAUUGUCAUCUGCGACGAGUCUCACUACCUGAAGAAUCACAACGCUAAGCGCACCCAGACGAUUUGCCCUCUCUUGCGAAGUGCGAAGCGCGCGAUUCUCCUCUCGGGAACACCAGCCCUGAAUCGCCCUGUGGAGUUGUUUCAGCAGCUCGACGCCCUGCUGCCCGAGCUCUGCACGUAUCGGGAGUUCGCGGAGCGCUACAGCGUUCAAGUUUGGAAUCCAUUCACUCGUCACUUUGAGUACGAAGGCCAUCAACAUCCGGAGGAACUGCACCUGCUGCUCAAACACACGGUCAUGAUCAGGCGGCUCAAGGAGCAAGUUCACUCAGAGCUGCCUCGAAAAAUACGGUCUCGCGUGCCGAUUGAGAUUCCGGCGCGCGAGUUGAAGGAAAUUCGCGAAAAAAUGGCGGAGCUGGAGGCAGAGCAAAAAGCGAGCCUGGACGCAGAGAGCCGACGGGGGCAGGAUGCAGAAAACUACCUGGAGCAGAACAAGGCCUCGUCCUCGCCGCUGGUCACGGAGUUGUUCACCUUGACGGGGGUCGCGAAGCGCGCGGGCGUCUGCGAGUUUUUGUCCUAUCUCUUCCGCGGCAGCACGAGCGACUUGAAGGUGAUUGUCUUUGCGCACCACCGCGCUGUCCUCGACUACAUCGAAGAGUAUCUUCUCAAAAACGAAAAGAAGCGCCUCGUCCGAAUCGACGGCCGCACGCCGCAGGACAAACGCGAGCUCCUCGUGAAGGAAUUCCAGACGUCGCCCGCCUGCCAGGUCGCGCUUCUUUCCAUCACCGCUUGCGGUCACGGACUCAACCUCACUGCGGCGGGCACGGUCGUUUUCGCGGAGUUGUACUGGGUGCCAGGGCAGAUGAUUCAAGCCGAAGAUCGCUCACACCGCAUCGGGACGGAGUUCUCCUCGAUUCAGAUCCACUACUUAAUCGCGGAGGGGACUAUCGACGAGACAGUUUUUCGAAUUCUCCAGCGCAAAUGGCGCCUAAUGACGUCGACGCUGGACGGCGAGCAGCAGCAGCUCGCUCUCGAGACGCGAUCAGCCUUCGCGUCCUCCGCCGCGACGUCGCUCGCUGCCUCCGAAAUGGGCGCCUCUGCGUCCGCUCUGGAGGCGUCGCUGUCCUUCGAGAGCUACUUAGAGCGACUUGUGCGCGAAGACGAGAUAAACCCUCAUGGCGGCGGCGACCAGCAGCGCGAUCUGAGCGAGUUCUUUGAGAGGCGCGCGAGAGACAGCCACGACGCAGGAGGCAGCGCCGCCGCCGCCACGUCGAAAGAGAGAAAGCGCCCGCUCUCGCGGCUGGCGGCCGGGGGCAACGCCGCUGCAAAGUAUGCAGGCCCUCGGGGAGCGCCUGCGGCAGAAGACACAGACGAGGCGAGCGAUUUCGAGCUCGUUAUCGAGGACGACGAGGAGGAGUUCGCGCAGACGGCCAACGGGGAUUCUGCCAAGAAACAUCGAAUCUAG